AUGACCGCCACAUUAACAGACGAUAUAGUGGCGACGGUGUUAGAGUCCAUCGAGGAGAAAAAUUACGAAAAUGAUAAGGAGAAGGCGGGCAUGAUCAAGGACGAGGCGAAUCAGUUCUUUAAAGACCAAGUCUACGAUGUGGCCGCCGACCUGUAUUCCGUGGCCAUUGAGCUUCAUCCAACCGCUGUGUUGUAUGGAAAUCGCGCUCAGGCCUAUUUGAAAAAGGAAUUGUACGGAUCAGCGUUGGAAGAUGCUGAUAACGCCAUUUCCAUUGAUCCAUCUUACGUCAAAGGCUUCUAUCGCAGGGCUACGGCCAAUAUGGCUCUUGGAAGGUUCCGGAAGGCGUUGGCUGAUUAUCAGGCUGUUGUUAAGGUGGUUCCGAACGAUAAAGACGCGAAAUCGAAAUUCGAGGAGUGCCAAAAAAUCGUGCGUCGUCAGAACUUCCUGGCCGCCAUCUCUGUGGACCAUGAUAAGAAAACUGUCGCCGAGACGUUGGAUAUCAAUGCGAUCGCCAUUGAGGACAGCUACGAGGGACCGCAUUUGGGAGAGAAGAUCACCAAAGAAUUCAUGCUGGAACUCAUCUCGAAAUUCAAGGAUCAGAAGAAGUUGCACAAAAAGUACGCGUUUAAAAUGCUCCUCGACUUCUACAACUAUGUGAAAGAGCUGCCGACGAUGGUCGAGAUUACGGUACCCGCUGGGAAGAAAUUCACGAUUUGUGGCGAUGUUCAUGGACAAUUCUACGAUUUGUGCAACAUUUUCGAGAUCAACGGAAUGCCCAGCGAGACGAAUCCUUAUCUAUUCAACGGCGACUUCGUGGACCGUGGCUCAUUUUCCGUCGAGACGAUUUUCACGAUGAUCGGCUUCAAACUGCUCUAUCCCAACCAUUUCUUCAUGUCACGUGGCAACCACGAGUCGGAUGUGAUGAACAAAAUGUACGGAUUCGAGGGAGAAGUCAAGGCGAAGUACACUCAACAAAUGAGCGACAUGUUCACGGAGACGUUCUGUUGGCUGCCGCUGUGUCAUUUGAUUAACCAGAAGAUUUUUGUGUGCCACGGAGGACUAUUCAAAGAGGACGGCGUCACACUGGACGAUAUCAAGAAGACGAACCGAAAUCGUCAGCCACCAGAUGAGGGCAUCAUGUGCGAUUUGUUGUGGUCGGACCCACAACCAAUCGACGGUCGUAGUCCAUCAAAACGGGGUGUCGGUUGCCAAUUCGGACCUGACGUCACUGCGAAAUGGUGUGAAGCCAAUGGCAUCGAAUAUGUUGUCAGAUCUCACGAGGUGAAGCCGGAAGGAUACGAAAUGCAUCACAACGGACAGUGCUAUACGGUAUUCUCGGCGCCCAACUAUUGUGAUCAAAUGAACAACAAGGGAGCGUUCAUCACGAUCACUGGGGAUAAUCUUUCGCCCCGCUUCACGCCAUUCGACGCCGUCCCACACCCCAAGCUGCCACCAAUGGCCUACGCCAACAGUCUUUUUGGAUUCAAUUGA